AGAGAGCGGGAAGCCCUGAGAUGAAACAUGGCUAUUUUCAUUCUGGGGAGAGGAGAAGAGUUGGUACAAAUGGGCAGGUCAGAGAACUGUGGUGCAGACACGCCUGUCAGACCCGUCCAACUACCAUGCACAACUACGAAGACACGAACCUCUCUCAAGGAUCGACUACAGCGGUUCACGGAUCCUACCUUCUCAGGCGGCGCCUAUGCAGCGGCGGAGCCCCAGAGCCCGAACCUGGAGGGACAGAGAAGUUUGAGGAUUCAGGAGCAGGGUAUGAGUACGUCCGAGAUGAGGGCUGGAUCCAGCUGUACUCGGGGACCAGUAGCUGCUGCUGCUCUCCAGUCUUCGUGAUGCUGCCCAAGGAUGACAAGAAGAAAGAUGCCGGAAAGUCAGCCAAGAAAGACAAGGACCCAGAGAACAAAUCUGGGGGCAAAGCCAAAAAGAAGAAGUGGUCCAAAGGAAAAGUUCAGGACAAGCUCAACAAUCUAGUCUUGUUUGACAAAGCUACUUACGACAAACUCUGUAAGGAAGUUCCCAACUAUAAGCUUACAACCCCAGCUGUCGUCUCAGAGAGACUGAAGAUUCAAGGUUCCCUGGCCAGGGCAGCCCUUCAGGAGCUCCUCAGUAAAGGACUUAUCAAACUGGUUUCAAAGCACAGAGCUCAAGUAAUUUACACCAGAAAUACCAAGGGUGGAGAUGCCCCAGCUGCUGGUGAAGACGCAUGAACAGGUCCAAUCAACUGUACAUUUGGAAAAA